UUCUGCGACCAUCAAGUCUCCGCCCCCAACAGCACGUCUAAGCCAUGCCUGUCUCCCUGCGAAGGAUGUCAGGCUCAAAAAAGCUUACAAACGAAGCCAGCCUCAUCGAUAGGGGGAACGAAAAUGCGAGUGCCGAGAGUCAGCCCGAAUGGCAGUAAAACGAUACCACAGGAAGUCGCGGGCUGGAUGCGACACGUGCAAGCGACGACGCGUCAAAUGCGAUGAAGCCACACCGAAAUGCGGAGCUUGUGCUCUACGACAGGAAUCAUGUUCCUACCCACCACAGAAUGCUUCGACUGGGUCUAAACGAGUAGCGAAGACGGCCUUGACAACGACGAGCUCAUCACAAACAUCACCACCUGUACCGAUAAAAUACCACUGGCACUCUCUAUACGAUGCCUACAGUGGCCCAUCCUCCCGCCUAGCCACUUACAGUGCGACUCGAACCCUCGAACUACGCCUCAUGCACCAAUGGUCCACAACCACCUACCUCACCUCCGUGCACUGCAACGCGCCCAUCUUCCGCGACUACGCCGUAACCAAAGCGCUCCAACACACCUACCUGAUGGACAUACUCCUCGCCUUUACAUCCUUACACAGCGCCAGUCUCGCCUCAUCCACCACCGCUUCCCACGAUCAUGUCGCCGCCGCGCUGCAUUACCAGAAUAAGAGUAUAUCCGAGUUUAACGAGCAGGAGUCGCUUGUUUGCAUUUCAAAAGAGAGUCUUGAUCCCGUUUGUCUUAUGACUGCUCUUCAUGCAGUCGUUGCGCUUGUGGCGAGUCUGAUUCCGGCCACGCCGGAUGAGACGUUGGAAUCUGUUGCGAAGGUACUGAUGCGUGUGAGGAGGUAUACGCUGGGUAUGAAGGAGAUUGUAGAUGCGCAUAGUGUGUGGGCUGAUAGUGGAGAGUUGAAGCAGAUACUCGAAGGUCCUGCUGUGUUGGAAGAAGAGGAAGGUGCCGCGUUCACGUCGGACAAGCUACGCGCGUUGACUGAUGCUAUACUCGAAAAUAUGGAUCUUGAUGAUGCUGCUACGCCGUUUUUUCGUAGUACGCUGGAGAAACUGGAGAAGGCAUAUACGGAUAGUAAUGGGCACUCGGUCGUUUCUUGGCUGGGUACGGUGGAGCCUAAGUUCUUUCAGAAGGUAGAUAUGGGACAAGUGCCUGCGCUGAUUAUACUAGUUUGUUGGGGUGCGCUUAAUUGUGUUCUUGAGAAUAUGUGGUGGAUGCAGUAUUCUGGGAGGAGAAUUGUGAAGGAAUUAUCUUACCAGCUUGAGGGCUGUGAUGGCCGGUGGAAUGAGAUUCUAGAGUGGUGUUACGAACAGGUUGGGAUAAGCGGCAGAGCUCAGUGAAAUCAUUCAAGAGAACGGUCGAUGUAGAUCUGGGACGUGUUAUGCUGUUCUCUCUUAGAGUAUGCAUGAACGGCGUCGUAAGCGAGAUGUCCCAAGUCGUACUCGUUUACUCAUUCUCGUUCAUGCAAGGCGCUGGACUUCGAUUACGGUGACGAAAUGUGGAGGCAUUCGCAUAAUUCUGCAAGACUAGUGUGUAAACCCAUGUGUUACCCAGACGAGUACUAGGGAGAUUGAGGUAACUAGCUCUACGUUAGCAUCUAAGCCAGACCAUCUCUUCCACGUCCUCUACACCAUCAACACCUCGCUAAAUGCCACAACUACUCAUACACCGCACAUCUACCAACUCCCCAUCUACAUGUCCUUUGUCAAAUCGUAAAUCUUCUGAA